UGCUUUCUUUACACUAAUUAGUAGUACAUUUGUUCUUAUGACAAAGCUUUAAAGACGGAAGGACUAAUGUAACUCGUGUCACACACAUGUUCACUUUAAACGGGAAAGCGCAAACAUUCUGCGUAAAUUGUAAAUUAGUGUCAUGCUACCUGGCUAGCGCUUGCUAACAGCUAAGUCAUAAUUACAUCUAAUAGCGUGAUAACUUUCCUGAUAUGGAUCUGGAUAUACGUCACUUUCUUAGGAAGGCAACGGAGCAACAAGACUCUGGAGCUCUGACGUCAGCCUACAGGUUAAUGAAGACGUCAUCGGCCGGACCCAGCGGACCAACCCCCCGUAUCACCCCGGACCUGUACGUGGUCUGUGCAGAAGCAGCUCUACAGCUGGGUUGUUUGGAGAUAAGCACAGCAUGUCUAAAGAUGUACUUUGAAGAGAAUCCGCCAGCUAAUCAAUUUCUGUGUCGAGCGUACCUCUGCCAGGGCCAGCGCCAGUCUCCGUCGGCCACUGGGACUGUGGAGGACUUUGAAGAGGCUGUGCAAAGUUUUCUCAAAGCAGUUGAAAUUGCAAAAUCUGAACCAGGAUGCUCCUUCAUAGUGUUCAAUGCCUCAGUGCUGUACCUCCACACAGUGCGUCCUCUCCUGGAGCCAGGGCGGUGUCAUCACCUUGUCCCCUCCCUCAGGCAGGUGGUCCGGAGUCUGGAGGAGGUGGCGGACCAGGACCACAGCUGGAGGGCUGAGCUCAUGAUGCACCUCAUCAGAUGUCUCGUGGACUCUGGGAAUACGGAGGAGGCUGCAAGUUUGGGCAAAAUCACAGGGGACUUCAUCAAGUCGAAUUCCCCACAUCUAUACCCAAGACUCUUUAUGUUGCAGGUGCAACACAAGCUGCAGGAGAAAGAUGUUCUCGUUGAAACGAGCUGUCAGUGUUCCACUUUAACGUUCAUUUACAAGAUGCAAGACUUUAAAAACAGGUUGGAGGAACUAAACAAGGAUAACCCUACCAAAGAGCUUGAGAAGAUUUUCCAUCUCCUAAAAUAUACCAAAGCAUCUAUGGACUCCAGCUCUCCUCAGAGCCCAACACCCAUCCAACCAGCUGACAGAGUUGCCUUCCUCCUGGAGCUAUCCUUUCUGGCCUUGCAAUUGAAGCAUCAGAAAGUCGCUGCCGACUGUUUGAAAGAGCUCAAGUCUGCGGGAGAGGCUAGCAAUGGCCAGCGCAUACUAAUGGGAUGUGUCAAGUGUGAAAUCAACAUCCUGAAGAGGGGAGCGAAGAUGAAUGACUAUUCCAAAGCCAGUGUGGAGGCUCGGCUGAAGGAGAUAGGAAAGUUGGAUCAGUGGCUGCAGACUGCAGUGACGGAGGGGGACCCUCAGGCCAUGCAGGCGGUGUGUGCGACCCAGUGGAGCCUCUGCUUGCCGCUCUUACAGCACAACCUCAGGAAAAACAUCAAGGCACCUCUGCUCCGGGUUUCCCAAGUACUGGAGGACAUGCAGAGUAUGCUGCUGGAGAUGCGCUGUCAGGUCCACUCAGAGCUGGCAAUGAUUGAAGAGGAGGAGGGGCGCCUCGAGGCUGCUUUGACUCACCUCCAGAAAGCCUCGCUGCUGGAUAACGGCACACAACGAGAUCGACUGUCGUCAGCUCUCCGCCUCCUGCAGCUCAGAGGGACCGUCUACCAAAUGCCCCCCCGCACCGAGGAUAAAGCCGCUAUGCUCAUGCAGCAGGCCAAGGACAUGAAGCCGCAAGAUAAGACCGGUAUUCGUUCAACCCUGGAAGCUGUGGGUCUUCUUUUGGCUCCUGAUGAUUUCCAGACGGUGCUGGAUGCAGACAACACUUCCAAAAUUCCUGUAGGCAGUCCUGGAUCUGGACCAGCUUCUCAGCUCUCUGCUAAGGCUCAGCAUCACUCUGCAUGUGUACAGAAGGCAGAAGGACACCUGGCCUCACAGGGAAACAACACAGACAACACAGAGAGGGUGAGGUUGUGGGUGACUCUGGUGAAGACGGCCAGGAAACAGGAAGUUUGGGAUGUGUGCCGAGCAGCUUGUCGAUUCUGCUUGCUCUAUGAUGACAGCCAAUGGAAGAUUUCCAAGACUGACACUAAGAUGAUGAAAGAUCCUCAGACUGAUGAAUGUGAAUCCUCAGAAGAAGAAAGCUGUGCAGAUCGUCUACAAAGCUGUACUGAGAGCCAGGCCAGUGUGAAAGACUUGCUUCGCCUUUUAGCUGAAAUCCACCUCAUCAGUGCAGAGGCCACCGUUCAUAAGCUGCUGACGGAGGGGGUGCAGCUGAACAGUCCUGCUGUCCCUGCGGUGGAUGGAGACGUGUGUCUGUCUGAAGAGGAUCCACACUGGGUUGUUUACAGAGACUGGAUCCAGACUCUGUCUGCCUACGCCACCUCCAGCUUCUUGCGGGCAGCGGAGCUGGGAGCAGAGAUCAAUGAGCCGUGGUUGAUAACAAAUGCAGCCGUUUACCUUUGGAACUAUAGCAGCCACCUGUUGGCAACAGGAGAGUACCAGUGCCUGCUCCCCACCUUCCAGAGUCUGGUGCAGAUGCUCCGAGAGACGGAGUACACUGGGAGUCGUUCUCUGUUUGUGCUACUGUGUGAUGCCAUGGCCCGAGGUCUGAUCCAGCCGCUGCGUGGACCAGGCAGUGUGGAGCCAGCCCCGCCAGCAGAAAAAAAAAGCAAAACCAGAGCCGAGAAGGGGACGGAGAAGGCUUCUAGUGCCCAAGGCGUUUACUUAGACCCUGCUGCCCUGCAGGACGUCCAUAAGGCGGCGGAGCUGUCCGACUUUGCCAUGAAUUUAUCCAACUGCAACAACCCAGAGGAGAGUGUUCCCAUCGCGAUGAGGAAACAGGUGGUGUCCACAUGGGUGCAGAUCAAGAGGCUCCUGCAGCAGCAGAUAAGCUCAAAUGUUGACAUCAUGGAUGAGAGUGCGAACAAGGAAGUGUCGGAGAUGAUGCAUGUGCUGGUUGGAGUGGAGAUGCUUCAGUGCAACAGGAACCCGAGACAUAUGGAGUUUUCUGUGCCCAGUCUCUCCACACUUGUAAGCAUGGCGUCUGAGUGCAGCUGGACUGAUGCUGUGGUGGAGCUGCAGGUGUGGUGCCAGCUGGCUUCCUUCUGCCAUGAUGCAGAAGACCACAGCUUGGUUUUGUGCUGCACCGAGAAAGCUCUGCAGCUGGAGGACGCUGCAGCAAAGACCCUCAAAACUCUGCCCUGUGUUUUGUACGGCCCGACUGCAGUGAAUGAGAUGCUGAGCAGAGCAGUGUGCUUGAGGGGUUUGAGUUUAGUGUACGAGUCCGGAGGAAAUGUGCACACUUACAGAGAGGCUCUGAUGGUGCUUCUAUCUGGCAUCAGCUUUGCAGAAAAGGCGGAGAAUCCAGCAUUGUGUGCAGCAGCUGCCAGACAUUACUGGAACACAUGUCUGCCCCUAACACAGACUCCUGAGGAAAGAGAGAAGCUCCAAGAGCCUCUGGAGGAGAUCCUGACUGCUUUGGUUCAAACCGACAACAAACAUAAACGGGGCAAAGUGAAAGGAUCGCUGACCUUCACAGCUCUGAGUUCUGCACAGGAAGCAACAAAUAAGGAGGAUCUAACCCUCAGAGCAGCCAUUUACAGUUUGUUGUUUCACAUCCACACGGAUAAAGAAGACUGGAAAAGUGCUCUGCAGAUCCUGGACCAGGCUAUUAGAGAUAUUCCUGACAAAAGACGCCGUCUACCUCUGCUGAAAAAAAGAAUCCUGGUGAAAACACAACUCGGAAUAUGUUUUCUGACCGAUAUGAAGAAAUUACAAGACGAAGGAGAGCAGUGCUGUUCAUAUAUGUGGCACCAGGUGGCGCUUUGUUCUGACACUAUGACCCAACAGCUCAGCUGCUACCAGAAGUCCAUCACCUCUCUGUUGAGUGCAGACACUCAGUUGCAGAAGGUUAACCUGCUGCUGGAGUUCGGAGAGUGGCUGUACUUUCACAACUUCCCAAAAACUGAUGCUGAACAGCACGUUCAGUGGGCCAUAGACAUCCUGCUGAAGAGGGAGGCUGAACGUGGAGCAGAGGGUGACUACAAAAAUAAGGAUUUAAGCUCAGAGAAACGAGAGUCCUUAGUCGGAGUCCAGGGCUUGUUAUACACACAAAGUUUGUCUGAUUUGAAGGAGGUGCGACGCCUUGACGGCCUGAUACGAGCACACACUUUGCUCUCUAUGAUGGCAGACAGGAAUACACCUAAGCACCAGUUCAACCUUCUCCGAGCUUACGCCUUUGUACUACAAAUAUGGCAGGUGUCCAUGGCAGUGUGUUUUGAGAUUUCCAGUGAAAGGGUAAAGAGUCAGUCAUCCCAGCCCCCUCCCUCUGCAGGGUCAAAAACAGGCAAAGACAAGGGCAAAGGCAAAAAGGCCAAAGAUCAGCCUCCUCCGGCAGAAGAGAGACCAAAACCUGUGGUCCUGAAUCAGGAGCUUCCUUCCACAGUGAACGACUGGGCUAGCUUCGUCUGUCCUGAACAGGCCCGACAGAUCUUCAGAACCAACAACAACCCCCACUGUGUCAACACACACAGCGUGACAAAGCAGACUCAGAGCCUGUUUUUUCUCAACCUGCUGGAGAAAGAGCUUAACUCGCUCUCACUCGACUACCUGACCUUACCCAUCAUGCAUCUAGCUGAGACUAUUGCUCAUGACCUUUUGGACAGGAGGAGCCUCUCUGAUCUGUACCGACUAAGAAUUGUGCGGGCCUGUUGUCAGCUGGGUUUGGAGGCACAAUCACCGUAUCACCAUCAACUCCUGAAUCUGAGCAGAAUCCCUGAACAGGAACAGAUGGCCUGCCAUCGAGAGAUUGAUUUUCCACAGGAAGGGAGAGGCCUUCACAAAGAUCACAACCAGAAAGUCAAAGUUGGUGAAAAGUCAGCAUCUGGGCGUCUGAGUGUGAGUAGACAGGGUGUGACCAUGUGUGCCCAUGUGUGUGACAUUUGGCUGGAGAAAGCUGAGGUUUGCCUCAGCAUUGGGCUCAUUCAGCAGACCAGGCAGCUGAUGGCAGAGGCCCACAUGGUGGCUACGGAGCUUAAAGACCAGAGAACAACAGCAAGAAGUCUGCUCAGUCUGGCUGUUCUGGCCUGUGAGGAGCAGAACUUUUCUCAGACUCUGAUCCUGCUGGACAAAGCCAAAGACCUGGGCGGGGACGAGGAGUUCUGGUACCAGUACACCCUCACCAAGGUCCGAGCUGUAGUGGCCCAGGGACAUCAAGAUGCAUGUAUCCAGGUUGAUCAGAUUGUAAAACAAGGUUGUGAUGCCCUGAGGCUGGUUCUGGAUCAGCGUGUUAACAGAGUCCAAGAGCUCACAUUCCUCAUCACUUCCUUAAAGAUGAGAGGAGCCGUUGAAUGUAUCCGUGUCCUCAGUGUUGGUGAACCUGGAGAAACUCUCUGCAAAGAGGCUGACCAGAGGCUAAAGGCCACCUGUGAUACACUCAGAGAGUGUGCCGAUGUUUUCACUAAUCUCAGCUACAGACAGCAUGCAGCAGAGGCACAUGGAGAGGGUGUACAUGUUCUGAGAGUCCUGGCCAAUCACGCUUCUUCUUCAGAGGACAGGCGGCGCUUCCUGCUCGACAGUUUCUCCAGAAUGCAGCUGGCUGUAACAGAGCAGGAGAACGUGGUGCUGAACGCUCACAGGCUGCUCCCCUCACAUGAGGAGCCGAGCUCCGGACUGUCUCUGGCAGCCGCUCGGAGGCUGCAGCAGCUGCGUCUGAAUCUGACAGAGUUAAGCUUGGUCUUGCUGGAGGAGCAGUGUGCCGAGGAGAAACGCAUAGCCGUGUCCCGAGAGUCGAAGACCUCUGCUGAGAUCGCACUGGAGGAGUUUACACGCUGCCCUCCUGAGCCUGGCUCUUUAGAACAGGAAUGGUUAAGUAUCGGCAGCACAGUUGGGCAGGUGGCUCUGAGCCAGCUGGCUGCAGUCCGGUCUCAGUCCCCUGACAACAUGGAGACAGGAGCUCGCUGUCUGAGCCUGAUGGGAAAGUACCUCAGACUGCUGGCCCUGCAGGAGGACCCCCUCUAUGUGUGUGCUCUCUGGGACAGACACAAACAGAAAGGAACCUGGUCUGACCCUCACAUUGCUUCAGUGGAGGAGGAGAAUUCAGAGGAAGAGAACGACAGACAGUCAGGCCGGAGAGAACCGAGGGCGACCUCUGCCAAAAGUGCUGAGCUGCAGCGGAGGAGGCGUAGAGCCCAGCAGCUGUUAGCACAGGCCAGUAAGGCACUGACUGAGGCCACCAGCCUUUGUCUCAAACACAAGCUGUACUCCUCCAUCCUGUCUGAAGCCUCUUUAAACAUGGUGGAGUGUCAUGGGCAGUCUGACGCUGCAGUGUCGGGUCAAUACCUUGCCCUGUUUCAGAGCUGCUGCACUGUUGCUACGAUGGCUCACGUCCUAAGUUCCGCUUGUUCUGGCACCAGUGAGUCCCAGCUCUCUGCUCUGCUCAGUCUUCACAGAAAACUGCUCCUCUCUCAGGAGGAGAGGCCCAGCAGCAUGCUGAAGGGAGUAGAGGACUCCCUGAACAGCCUCUCCAAGACUUUCAGCCACCUCAGCAUCAAUACCAGCCACCUAAACAUCCUCGCAGAGCUUCCACCAAACCUGAAAAUCCUGCUGCUUCAACACUCUUCAGACGGUUCAGAACUUUGUGGAGCUUUCUACGAGCUGGCUGAAACUCCAAAUCUAAAGGGAAAGACCUCACAGGCUGCAGGUACACUGACAUGCUCCAGGGUGGCCAAAGUUUCUGUCUGCCCGCGGGCUCUGCUGGCUUUGAUGGAGCAGACUCAGUCCUUUGGCCAGGAGACCAGACUGGCCUUCUUCAAGGAAACCUGCCGGCAGACUUGGCACGCUGGAGAAGAAGUGCUGGAGGUUUCUGAGGAGCAUCAUGUUUUUUCCUGUAAACCUGCAUCAGAGCAAAUAUUGACCCCUCACUUCAGAGACCUUGUACAAGGCAUGGAAGACUACUUGAAGCCACUUCUCACUCAGUUUGACUUCUCUUGCUUCAGGCGCCAGGCUGCAUCACUUCCUGUCCCUGAGACGGCCAAAACCAAAGAUAAAGAGGAGAAGGAAAGUGCAGAACCCGAGCAGUAUGUGGUGUUGCUGGCAGACAAAAUGUUGCUGGAGUUGCCGCUUGAAGCCCUGCCCAUCCUGCAGGAGGAUGGCCUGACCUCUGUGUCCAGAGACUUCUCCCUGCAGCUCCUCCACAGCCGCCUGAGCAGAGAGGAACCACAGAAAGUUGAAAGUGACAACAAAAAGGAGACCAAAGGUGGGAAGGGAACGAAGGGGAAGGCAGAUCAAAGCCAAGCCAUCAAAGCUAUGCCGCUGAAUGGUGUGUUGCCUUCUAACACCUUCCCAGUGGACACUCGUAACUUCAAAUAUGUUGUUGACCCACACGAUGAAGGCAGCUUGGAAGGGAGCAGCCUGAGCACGAGGAUGGAGGAGAUUUUGCAAACACACAGUCACAUCUGGGAGGGCUUCAUGGGCAGCAAGCAAACACCCAGUCUGUCAGAGAUGCAGCAGCUGCUGAGCAGAUGCAGUGCCUUCAUUUACCUGGGGAUGGAGCGGUUCAUGGCAAACAUACCGCCUGGAAAACUAGCAGCCCUCAAUCUGUCAGAGUGUCGCAUGGCUCUGCUCUUUGACCUGCUUCAGAACAAGGCCAGUGUGGUCCGACAAAAGGACCUGGACAUGCACAAAGGUUCUGAACAGCUGGCUCUGGAGAAUCCUCUGCAGGCUGCGCUGCUGCUGAGUUUGGGAGGAGUCGGCUGUAUCGCUCUUAACCAGUGGCACUGCAGCCUUCAACAGAACGCACACAGGGUGGCAAGUGUUCUGCACAAUCUUCUGAAGGUCAGACUGACCUCUGGACAGACGGUCCAUGCCCUGAGGACAGUGGAUGGUUCAGAGAGGAAACAUCACAACAUGACAGGAUUACAUGAUCAGGUUCUUCUUGCUGUGUCGGAGGACGACAAUGUUCACCACAAAACCACUCUCUCACCUUCAGCCUUCAACGUCAUUCUUUACGGACUCCCAACCUUAAUGGCCACAUGAUGUCCUGUACAUCCUCGAUAUGUCUCUUUUAAUUUCACAGUUCAAGAUAUCUACAUGUAGACAUGUCAGCUUUGUGAUUAGUACUGUAUGCUGAAAACUAAACUGCUAAAUAAACAAGAUCUUUUAUUCCUCA